UUAUUCUAUCCACCUGAAGUUCAACCCUCUCUUCUCCACACUAGUAAAUCCGAUCUCACUCCACAUAACCUCACCUCAACUCAACACCAAGAUCACCGCCAAUCUGUUGACCUCCACAAUUGUCCGCCGCCUUCCUCCCAAAUAUCAAUUGCAUCACCAUUUCCAUUCUCCAAUCCGCCUCUUUACCAUGUCCCUCAAACGCAAAGCCACCGAUACACCUACCUCGGACGCCAAAAAGCCCAAAGCAAACAGCAGUAUAACCUCUUUCUUCGGAGCUCCCAAAACCGUACCUAAACCCAACAAUGGUUCCCUAACAUCAGUCAACGGAAAUAGCUCCUCCAGCACACCUACAGUCGCCUUCGACAAGGAGAAAUGGGUCAAGGGCUUGACGGCCGAGCAGAAAGAGCUGUUGAAGUUGGAGAUUGACACGCUGCAUGAGAGCUGGCUGAAGGAAUUGAAGGAUGAGGUUACGAGUACCGGGUUUUUGGAGCUGAAGCGGUUUUUGAAGAGGGAGAGGCAGAGCGGAAAGAAGAUCUUCCCGAAGGAGGAGGAUGUGUAUUCUUGGUCCCGCCACACCCCCCUCAACACAGUCAAAGCCGUCAUCCUCGGCCAAGACCCCUACCACAACGACAACCAAGCCCACGGCCUCUCCUUCUCCGUCCAAGCACCCACAAUCGCUCCUCCCUCCCUAAAAAACAUUUACAAGGCCCUCGCGCGGGACUACCCAGCAUUCACCCCACCCCCAAACAACAGCGGACUCCUCACACCCUGGGCUCAGCGCGGCGUUCUCCUCCUCAAUACAUGCCUCACUGUCCGCGCCCACGAAGCUAAUUCCCACAGCAAUCGCGGCUGGGAGAAAUUCACACAGAAGGUUAUUGACCUCGUAGCUGCGAAAAGGACUAAAGGUGUGGUUUUUCUAGCUUGGGGUACACCCGCCGGGAAGAGGGUAGGCAAGGUGGAUAGGAAGAAGCAUUUGGUGCUUAUGAGUGUACAUCCUAGUCCAUUGAGCGCGAGUAGGGGGUGGUUCGAUUGCGGGCAUUUUAAGAAGACGAAUGAGUGGUUGGAGGAGAGGUAUGGUGCGGAGGGGUGUGUGGAUUGGGGUUUAGGCGGGAAGAGUCUUUUGCAGGGGGCUUUGAAGAAGGCUGUUGUUGAGAAGAGUGAGGUUGUGAAGACUGAGCAGGUUGUUAAACCUGUGAAGAAGGGUGGGGAUGGGGAGGAGGAUUUCGAGGAUGAUGAGGCAGAGGCGGCUAUGGCUGAGGCAUUUGAGGCGGAGACGAAGAAGGUUGAGGUGGUUAAGGUGGAGGAGAUCAAACCUGCUGCGAAGAGUGAUUGAGCGUAAACCCCCAGACAUGUCGGAUUUCAUUUGUUUACUGAUAGUGGCAAGGCGUUAAGGUGGUGUUAGGAUAAAGUCAGGUUGAAGGGCAAGUCAAUCAAUCAUGUCAGUCACGCUAGAUGUUUUCAUUCAACUCUCAUAUUGCAGAACGAACAGAGUUAGAAAACAAUAUACCUCCCUCUCCAGAA